CUCAAACCUCCAAGCUUGCUACUUCAUUCUGUCGGCAAAUUUCCCCGCUGAUAAUCGCCAGGAGCACGCAUUGGCCGCCGCACCUUUUCGGCAAGCUGUGCGCAAUCGCCGGGCCUUUAGUUCUUCACUACCAUCAAUUUUCUUGGAGAUGAAAAUCCUACAAUGAGCCGAGCUUCAUAGCAUCGGCUCUGUCUAACCAUGUUAAACGGCGAGACGGCUAAUCAGUUUGACGCUCGCGUCGAAUCGCUAUGGCGGAAGCUGGAUGCCGCCGAAAGAGGAUACUUAGACCUCCAUGGUCUCAAGAAGGGUCUGAAGAAGAUGGAUCAUCCUCUCAAAUACGCCGAUUCCCUUUUGCAGGAUAUUUUUAACACAAUAGAUACGAACCGCGAUGGCCGCAUCUCGUACUUUGAAUUUCAUACCUUCGUUAGACAAACUGAGAAUGAGCUUUGGGAACUAUUCAAAAACAUUGAUCGCAACAAGGACGGUCAUUUAGAUAAGGACGAGCUUGCCAGUGCAUUUUCAAACUCUGGGGUUGCCGUGUCAAAGGCUAGGUUGGAUCGCUUCUUCGCAGAGGUGGAUUCCAACAACGACGGCUCUCUCAGCUUCGAAGAGUGGAGAGACUUCCUCCUUUUCAUCCCCUCAACCGAACCUGGCCUUAAAGAAGUGAUAUCAUACUUCUCCGCCUCACUGAAAGUCAACCCUGAAGGUGACGUCCUUAUAAGUGACGACCUCGUCCAGGGACUAGGUAAUGCUCUUGCUUGCUUCUUACAUCCUUUUUUUGCAACAUUCACUUCUGCUUUGGUCUCGAUUUAUGAGCCUCCCCAUCGAACGGAGCGUCAUCACGGAUUUUCAACCGAUCAAGCUCUUGAUGCGGACUUCUUUUGGCAGGAAGAUGUCAUGGCGGACGACGGUGUGCUCCGACAUAGAGGAGAGCCAACUAUAGUACCUGAAGAAGAAGGCAGACACGAGGAAGUACCUCUGCUGAUUGCUGUGAUCCCUCAUCCAGGCUACUUCGUUGCGGGAGGCAUCAGUGGCAUUGUCUCGCGUACGACAACGGCGCCCCUCGAUCGAUUGAAGGUCUACCUAAUCGCGCAGACAAAAAAUGCCGAACAAACCCUAAACGCAGCAAAGUCUGGCGCUCCAUUGGCAGCCUUGCGUGGUGCAUGGCGGACCUCAGCAAACGCUAUGAAGGAUCUGUGGGCUGCAGGUGGCAUGCGUUCCCUCUUCGCAGGGAACGGUAUAAACAUCGUGAAGGUCAUGCCAGAGUCGGCUAUCAAGUUCGGAACAUUUGAGGCUAUAAAACGAGUCUACGGUCGCCUGGGUGUCGACAAAUCUUCAAGUUCUGCGCAGUUUGUGGGCGGCGGCGUUGCUGGCAUGGUCUCCCAAUUCGCUGUGUACCCACUCGACACCCUCAAGUUCCGAAUGCAGUGCGAGACCGUAGCAAACGGUCUUCACGGCAAUGCACUCAUAAUACAAACCGCACAAAAAAUGUGGCGCAGUAACGGCAUCGUAGCCUUUUAUCGUGGUCUGCCAAUGGGCCUCAUCGGCAUAUUUCCCUACGCCGCAAUCGACAUGGGCACAUUCGAGUACCUUAAACGUCAAAUCGCAGUCAGAAACGCAAGGAAACGGGGGUGUCACGAAGACGAUGCACAACCAAGCAGUUUCACGACCGCAUGUGUUGGAGGGUUUAGUGGAGCGUUGGGUGCGAGUGUAGUAUACCCACUCAACCUUCUGCGGACAAGGCUGCAGAGUCAGGGGACUGUGCUGCAUCCAAGAACGUAUUCUGGAAUCAGGGAUGUGUUCCAGCAAACUAUACAGGGUGAAGGUGUUCGUGGACUAUUCAAAGGUCUGACGCCAAACCUUCUGAAAGUAGUACCUGCAGUCUCAAUAACUUGGGUGGUGUAUGAGAAUUGCAAGAAACAGAUGAACUUGCACUAAACAAGACGUGGAGAGGUAAUUUUGAAGCGGAGAUACACAAGCAUAUGUCGAAAGACAAAAGGAGAAUGUAUUCAGCAAAGGCAGCUGAAGCAUCCAUCCAUAAAUCACGAUCCGCUACCUCUUUGAUGACUGGGAUUGGCCAGCAAAAUGGCCGUCAUUGGAAGCAUAGAUUGUGGGCUCUUGCAGUUGUGAAGUCCAACAGUUUCCAUUUCGAGUUCAUUACAGCGUCACAGAAAUGCUAGAUACCCAAGACUCUGUAUAUGCAAUGCGACAUCUGAAGAAGUCUGGAUCGGGCAAUUCUAAGACCUCUGAUAGUAGUCACGAAGAGCGAGUUUCUUUAUUUCUCAGUGCUUGAACGAAGCAACAAAGUUGUAGUUUCAAAAGCUGUUUCGGAGCUGCUGUCACUGACGUCAGUGCGUGCAGCCUUUCCAGCACCACUAAAUAGUUCAAUGCUCAGCGGAAAGUAUUACAAAUGUUGGGGAAGCACAGCUAGAUCUUGAGGUUUCGAAGGUUGGCUCUGUCUCAUUAAGUUCAUUUACAGAUAUUACUACAUAUUAGCGGGUCGACGUAUUGCGCAUGCUGCUUGCCAGAACUCCAGAAAGCAAUGCAACAUGUCAUCGGAUUAAAUGCUAAGCUAGG